CAAGCUGUGAAUUGCGCGGCCAGCCUCGAUCACCAUUCGAUGUGACAGCUCGUGCGUUUGAUUGACGUUAACGCGAACAUUGUUUGACAGAUGUCAACGCUCGGGCAAAACCUAACGACAUGUGCAUGGUGGCUGUAUUUUAGCACGACAAUCAUGUAGAUAAUAUUCGUUUGCAUUUAUACGGGGUGUUGUGGUUCUACGAGGAGAUUUAUUCUGAGUGUUGUUAUGAGAUUUUGUUCUAUUUUUUGACGAAAUGGCUAUGUACGGGGUGUUUUUUGUUUCUGUGCUGGUGGUGAGUGUUUUUUGUCUAACUGUAAGUGGGAAUCCUUCGCCUAUGAAAAGAAUUUCAGAUGUGGCCAAAAAGGACCAUUGCAACAAAACAGUUGAUAUCUACGAGGAUGUGGCGAGUCCAGAACUAACGCCAGAAAAUGUCGGAAAACCAAUGACAUGUUGGUACCGGUUUAGAUCGUUCCGGGGAACACCCAAAGACUGGAUUUUAAGGAUUAAGUUCAAUAAAUUCAAAGUUGGAAGUUUGCUCAACGCUAGCCACUGUGAAGGGGGAUAUAUGCAGAUAGUGGACGGUAAUGCAAAAACAGACGUGAGUAACCGCAAGGAGCCAGGCAUGUUUUGCGGGGAAAGCGAGCAACCGCAGACUUUUAUGUCUGAGACGUCGUUUGUAAAGGUGGUUUUUCACUGCGAAAAUUUCACCGACCAGACGUACUUCAGCUUUGACACCAGGGCAGAACAACAACUGGUGGUUUAUCUGAGAUACGGACAGCACCCAGAGCUUUAUCCGAAUAGGAGAGGGGAAGUGGUGCAAGGAUCGUACUGUGAAAGAAUAUUCAGGGAUUGUCGUCUACAAACUUGCUACGUGCAAUCUCCAGCGUAUCCAGGAGUUUACCCAAGAAACCUGCACUGUAGAUACUACCUCAACACAAGGUUGCCAUUUAUAAAACUCUAUAUAGAAAAUGAAGAAUUUAACAUUGAUGGGCAGAGAUGCGAGAAUAUCAUGACCUGUCCAAUGAGACCUAUAUCAUCAGGCCAGCAAAACUGUCCGUUCGACUACAUAAAAAUCUACGACGGAAAGAACGAGUUCAGUCCCGUUAUCGGCACCUUUUGUGGCAUGGGGAAGUUCCCUUACUCCAUAAUUGGAACAUCGCAGGACCUUUUCGUCGAAUUUGUAUCCUCUCCUGCAGGCCCUCUGCUGAACACCGGUUUUCAUUUUAACGUUGGUAACUGGCCGGGUCACGUGGACACCGCAGGUUCGAGGAACGGCACCUGCGAUUGGCUCCUCACCUCAGAAACUCUCAGAGCCUCCCGGGAUUCAGAGGGAAUAUUUCUCAGCGUCGCACAUUGGUAUCCACCUCAUACAAGUUGCACUUACCUUAUGCAAGGAGAGGAAGGGGAAAUUGUGAGGUUGUACUUCCCAAGCUUCAGGAUAAACCGGAUAGAGUCCCCAAUCAAACCAAUAGAAGGUGACUGUGGAGAGUCAUUGACAUUGUACGAUGCAUCCUGGCCGGACGAUUCCAAAAUCAUCAAAACCUUCUGUGAUACCUUCUCCAAAGCAAUGGAAAAGCAUGAUUUCGUGUCCACUGGUAACUCACUAUUUGUGAGAUUCGAAAGCAAAACGGGAAGCUAUAGCGGCUCUUCAUUGUACUACUGGGCCCAUUACGAUUUCUUCAACAACACAAAACUUGGCGAACCUGUACCUGGUAAGCAAUGUGAUGAAGUUUUUGCUUCUUGGAGACAAACCAGAGGUUGGGUUAGGUCGCCUAUGAAUACCCUUGUGUAUAAGCAAGCUCAAAACAACGAAGACGUUCAGUGCUUAUACAGAUUUGUUACUGAUAAAAGGCUGUUUGCUAGGGUGAUACUUACCGUAACUAACGUCUACUUUAAGGACCAUCCAUUUACUCCAGGUCCAUGUACCAACUGUCUAGAAGAUCGUGUGGACAAACUGGUAAUCUGGGAACCAACCUCUACAGGCUCAAAUACCACUUACCCUGCUGUAUCACUGAGCAAAGCUGCUCAAAACGGAGAAGUUACAUGCAUAUGUAACAAACAAUCAUACCCAAUACAAGUGAUAUCUCAUGGGGAACAGCUCAACUUACAGAUGAUUGUGGAUAGUACACAUUCAGCACUGAGUUAUUUUAAACAUACUGCUCCACUUUUUGAGGCCCAGUAUGAGUUUGUACACGGCCCCCUCUGCGGGCCCCCCAUUAUACAUCCUGCAACCGAUGGAGAGAUUCAUUAUCCGUACUACGAGGCUAUAGGAUACGUUGAACCACCGAAAUCGAUUAGGUGUAUAUGGGAGAUAAAGGUUAGCAGAGAAAGGGACCUUUGGUUGCACUUCGACAGAAUCAAGUUUUCUUCGAAAAGCUGCGAUGAUGGGAUUGUGGAUAUAUUUCUUAAAGGUCGUUUGGAUCCUUACUUAUCACUUUGUGGCGAAAACGUAUCCUUGGCCAAGGAACUACCCAUAUUGUCAUCUGCAGAACUAAGUCCUGACAGUUCAGACCCCAGUAUUACAAUACAGUUCAUAGGAAGGACAUCUCCCACAAGAGCGGCAUUUAAAAUCGCCUGGACGGAACUUUUCCAUCUACCAAGAAAUGUAGAUGGAAGCUUAAUGCAAUCUAGAUUUACUGGAGACGCAGGAGUGGCCCAGGAUUUGGUGGAGGGGUGCGAAUUUGAAUGUCCUGGAGAACAAGGACUCUGCAUUCCUGCUAGACUUGUUUGCAACGGAAUAGUAAACUGCCCGAACGUAACCGACUAUAAAGGAACCGCCUUCAGCGACGAAUCGCCUGAGCUCUGCCUGAAGGAUUCCGUUCCCGAAAUCAACUGGAUCUACGUGGGUAUGGCAACGGUGUCCGUGCUUAUAAUGCUGUGUUGCUGUUGUUUUUACAUAUGCCGGCAGUGCUACCGAUGUUGUUGUCGGGACGACUAAAAAAAAUAGUGUAACUAAGAAAAUACAAAAAUCCCUGUUCAAUUUUUCGAAAGCCUUAAUAAAACAUAAUGAACUUUAUAUUUUUAAGAAUGCGUCUCGAUUUUUAAGGAAUAUUGGAAGGUCAUUUAAUAUUUUCAACAGUUUUAUUGUGAUAAAAAUACGUAAACUUCAAAAUUCAUCAAUUUUUAGGAAACAAUUUCGAAAAAAGUCGAGACCAAGACCCCAAAGACUUAAAAAAUAAAACCCAGUGAAAAGUGUUGUAUAAAUACCCUGUAAUAUAAAAAAAUUAAAAAUCCAACCCCAUAUUAUUAGAAAUUAGGUUUAUAGUACCUAUACCAAUUUUAAUUGUUAAAGUGACUUUAGUAUAUUACUUAAUUUAUUAUACAGAAUGUUUUUGGUAGGUAAUCUCCAAGAGAUUUUGGUUUUUCUGUAUUUAUAAAUUAAGUAAUUUAAAAAACUUACUAAAAUUUUAAUUAAUAAAAUGUAACUUUGCACAAUUUUUACAUAAAAACGUUUUAAAAAGAGAUUAAUAAAAACUCAGAAGCGACAAUGUUCUAAAGUUCGUUUGUAAAAAGUUUUAAUGCCAAAAAAAUGGAAAAACUGUAUAUUAAAGUGAUAAGUUUGUAUUUAUUUAUUUAUUUUAAAUAUUGUUGUAAAUAUAAUGUAAUUUCACAUUUUUAUGUGAUAAAAAU